AGUUCCGGUUUGCCGCGAAAUGUAAAACUGUUGAGCUAAAUCAUUCUUUGUUGAGAAAAUACACGAAAUGUAAAACUAUUAGGCUAAAUAAUUAUAUCUUCGUUGAGAAAACACACGAAAUGUCAGAAAAUUUGGCAAGAUGGAAAAAUCCCAAAGAUGUAAUGAAGAUGCACACAAUGAGAAAAGGAAGACGAGCUAACCCGAAGAGUGGAAAUGUGGAAACGAAGAAAACGUUUCGUAUAUUCCGAGAUUCUCAUAGUGUUACAAACACUCACGGGACGGGUAAACGAAAAAAUCCCUUUAGUUGUCAGUUUGCUUCUAGUAAAAGGAAACGGAUUCGGGAUGAAAAUAAUGGACAUUCGCCAAAGAAGGUUUUAGUAGAGACGAAUCAAAACCUCUUUAAUGUUUUGUCCCCAAAGAAAAAUUUAUUCAAACACCAGCAGACACAAAAGAACAUUGAAGUUAAAUCAGACGAGAAUCUACUCUGUGAAAAUGUGGUUUUUCAGAAUACUAAUGACAGAACAGAUGACAAGUGUGAUCUGUUGCAAGUUCUUCCAAUUGACUGGAGUCUGAAGGUGAAGGCGCGAGUCACGUCUUCUAGCUCCUUGGCUUGGUGCACACAGGUUAAAACACUGGAAGAAGCUCAAGGUGUGACGGCCCAUGUCCACUGUACUGACCAGUUUAUCAGUGGGGAGGAGAAGGUUGCCUUUCUAAGUUACUGUCACCACUGGGUUCAUCCAAACCUGCCCUGGCUACCGGUGUUUCCGAGGAUUGUCUCAGAUGUCAGAAUCAGCACAUCAUCGAUGUCCCUGCCUAGUGAGAUUCAGUGUGCACUGCAUAAAGACUGGAUGGCGAGUUUCUCCUCUGUAUUCCAUCAGCUUCGCUCAGAGAUGUGUCCAUACUUCUACAUGUGCACCCAUCAGUUCACAGUUCUGUUCUGCGCACCUGGUGUUCACGGAGAAUCAAUGUCUGCUUUACUGAGCCCAACCACUCGCGGCUUCAGAGAGGCGCUUCACAAUGAAGGUAUCUUGUUUACAAUGCCGAACCUGGACAAGAGCCAGAAAGACUCGCCAGGUUGUAGAGAUCCAGACAAGCUAGCUGACAUCACCGAGGAGGACACACACAACAUCUGUUUGCAAUCGCCCGAUGAUGAUGGUAUUUGCCCUGAUGAUGAUGGUAUUUCCCCGGAUGAUGACUGUGACGUCCUGCACACAGAUGAAGGUGCCUCAGUCUGGCUGGAGUCAAUGGGUUUAGACAAGAAACAUUUCCCGUCUCUAGACCCUGGCAAAGUGAAGCUACAGCGCGAAGGUUUCCGGCAGGUUGACAGCCGGCCUCAGUCUCUGGUGUUUGUGGAAGGUGAUCAGGUGCAGGCCUUGUUUAACUUCCUCCUCAACUGUCGCACAUGCACCGCUACCAGUGGACCUCAGGCGGGACUCCCACCAACAUUACUGUCUCCUGUGGCCUUCCGUGGAGCAACUCUUAAACCCAACAUGGUGAGGUGGUCUUCCUCCAAGAUGAUCAACAGCUCGGGACUCAAGAAGGAGCAGCACAUUCUGGAAAUAUGUGGGCCAUUACUACCGCACCAUGUGCUCAAUCUUACUGCACUCCUACGACGUACGCAAAACACGGAUGUGUCCUUCACCUUCAAAACACAUGAGACAUCGGCUGCUUUUAAUGUGAAGCAUGCUGGCUGUCUGGAGAAGAGUGGGCUGCACGCUGAUGUCUGCCGUUGUCUGGAGAAAAGUUGUCUGCACACUGACGUUCGCAGCUGUUUGGAGAAGAGUGGGUUGCAUGCCGACCUUCGCGGUUGUCUUGCGGGAAGUGAAGGUCUCCAGCAGAUGAAGGCCAUCAAAGAAGCAACAUGCUCCAAGCACGGCUUCUCGUAUACUGUGUAAUAU